AUGGCUGGAUCGAGAGAGAGUCCGGGGCUGAGAGACCAGUGGAGAGUCCCCAAAGAGCCUCGAGGCAGUGUGCUAGAUCGUGAUCUGGACCGAGGUCACGGACGGGGCGUUGAGCACGAAAGAGGCCGCAAUAGAGCCAGAGGCAAAUUCAGACCUGGUGGAUUUGAUCGUAGAUCAUCACCACCCUCAGCGCAUCGUGGCCCCCCAUCGAGGCACGAUAUAACUCGAUCCCGUGGACCAUCUCCUCAUCCCUUAUCGAAUCCACGAGUGCCACAUCACUCUGAUCGCAAACCAUCCAGUCACCCGUUCCCUGCAGAGCGAGAGUUGAGGCGUUCUCAAGGAGCCGGCAACAAUCCAUCACGUGUGCAACCUGAACAUCGCAGUGAAACCUCAGCAUCUUUCCCAAAGCGAAAACGAAGUUCAAGUCGUUCACCGCACGAGGCCCAUCGGGACCACUUUCGUGACAGUCGGAACAGCGGGCAAAGCUUUCGUGGGCGACCAAGUUAUCGUGGGAAGCCGUCAAGAAAAAACCGAUUCCAAGAUAAUUCAUCUAGCAAUCACCCGAAUCAGCGAAAUAAAACUAAUCGGUUCGGACCUCGCCGAGAAGACGAAACUGAGUCAAAUUCCCGUUUUUUCAACUCCGACGCCUCCCUACCAACAACACGACGCAAUUCCCAAUCAAGCCUAAGCUUCCCUAGAUCAGGUAGCCGUGAGUCGACUUACGAAGGACGUUUUGAACGCGACCAAUCACGUUACUCUAUACAUUCGACUUCCUCAAGACGGUCACGGUCGAUAUCGCCGAGUCAGACCCUUAAAAUGAGCCCCAGCAAGCCUUCUCAAUCAGCUGUUGGUGAUUCAAAGCGAUCUCCGUCACCACCUCGACCGAUACCCACUUUGGAUUCCGAAAAUCCCAAUAACACUGAUGGUGACGAUCGCAUGCAAGAUUCUUUUCAAACUCGGCCGUUCAACAUGCAAGCCAAUCAGCGAGGACGCCUGUCACGUCCGCGUCUUGAUACUCGACGAUAUUCUCCCCCACAGUUUGGAAAUUCUAACAGUUCAUAUCAUGGUUCGCCCCGGUCUGGGUCACCUCACUCAAGCGGACUAGGGGGGUGGAACAGCCAGCCAGGGCCGUCGGCGCAACGCGGGAGCCAUUCACCUCAAUAUAGACAGAACACAUAUUCAUCUCAAAGGCCACCACAAAGACCUUCCCAUCACAAUCAAAACCAAAAUUCCAACAAUAGCCGCCCCAGCUCUCCUCAGCGUGAAAGCUAUACUAGAGGCGACUUUCAAGACCGCAGGUUCUCAAACCAAGGCUCUCAAGGUUAUGGAGGGCCGGCCUCGCACCGCGGUCGAGGACACUUCAAUAACCUCCAAUGGGUCGCAUCAGCACCGCGGGGUCGUGGGGGACAUCACAGUCCUCUUAGUUCUCACAGUUUCUCGGGCUCAAACACCCCAUUACUUCACCCACCACCGGAGGAUAAACCACCGACUAAUUUUCAGGAUAAACCACCUACUGAGUUUCAAGAACAUGAAAUCACGCCAAAUCCUUCGAGUGAUUUACAUAUAGAAGACUCCCUCUCAAAGCAUGGUUCAGAGAAUGGAGACACUCAGAAGAUGCCACCACCUAAUACAUCGACAACUCCAGCGAAAGAAGGUGGUAAAUUCAGCUUUGCAUUCAAAACGAAAGCAACACCUGCUCCUGCAACCAAACCUGUUCCUGAUUUAGCGCAAAGAAUGCAAAUCAAAGAGCCUCCCCGAACCUCGGCGCCGCAGCCACCGCCACGCGCACCAGAACCGCCUCGAAACAGACUUGGACCGCCUCCUCCGAAAUUCAAGCAUGAUUCUCGCCAAGAUCGAAGAGACCGUGAUCGCGAUUUCCACCGUGGUCGGGGUAGAGAAGACCGCAGGGACUUCCGUGAUAGGAAUCCUCGUGAUUCUCGGAGAGACGAUAGACGUUUUGAUCCUCGUGAAGACAGACGCCGGGAUGAUCAUCGCCCAGAUAUGAGACAGGAUCGCCAUCGCGAUCGAUCACCUGAUCACAAGAAACAGAAAAAAAUAGCCAAACGCCCAAAUCCUCGUCCGACAUUACCUGAAGAAUACCGAGAGUCUGACUCGGUGUAUUUCCGCAAACCUGGGAACGAAUCUGUUAUCGGUGCUGGUACAUAUGGGAAAGUUUUCAAAGCGAUACACAUAUAUACUCAAGGAAAGGUUGCUCUGAAACGAAUACGGAUGGAAGGGGAGAAGGAUGGUUUCCCGGUCACUGCUAUUCGAGAGAUCAAAUUACUACAACAUUUGCGACACAACAAUAUUGUAAGCUUGCUAGAGGUCAUGGUGGAAAAGAACGAAUGCUUCAUGGUUUUCGAAUACCUGUCGCAUGAUCUGACUGGUUUGAUCAAUCAUCCUUCAUUCACAUUAACCGAUGCUCACAAGAAGGACCUUUCGAUGCAAAUGUUUGGAGGACUCCUGUAUCUUCACCACCGUGGUGUGCUACAUCGAGACAUCAAGGCGGCAAAUAUUCUUAUCAGCAAUCGCGGACAGCUGAAAUUUGCAGACUUUGGGUUGGCGCGGUUUUUUUCAAAAAGCCGCCAGCUUGAUUACACCAACCGCGUCAUCACCAUCUGGUAUCGACCUCCAGAAUUACUACUCGGCGAUACUCGGUAUGGACCCGCUGUUGACAUUUGGAGUGCUGCCUGUGUGUUUGUGGAAAUGUUCUCCAAAAAGGCUGUUUUCCCUGGAGACGGGCGAGAAAUCAGUCAACUUGAAAAGCUUUAUAGUAGCCUGGGAAGUCCAACGCGAGCCGAGUGGCCCGGUAUUGUCGAUAUGCCAUGGGUAGAACUGCUGGGACCUACCGAGAGGAAAAAGAGGGUUUUCGAAGAAGUCUACAAGGAUAUUUUGAGCCCCGCGGCAUUAGAUCUCGUUUCUAAAAUUUUCCACUAUGAUCCUGCUAAGCGGCCUACGGCGGAAGAAGUGCUCGCACAUGACUACUUCGUCACUGAAGAACCGGGUCCACAGCAGGCUACAGAACUGGAAAAUGUUCAAGGCGAUUGGCAUGAGUUUGAAUCCAAAGCCCUCCGAAAGGAAAAGGAUCGAGAAGCUCGCCGAGAAAAAGAAAAGGAGAAGGAAAAACGCAAGGCAGGCAAUAUGCACUCUCAAGAGGAUGAGCGCGAAGUGAAGAGGGCUCGUCAAGAUAUUGAUGAUGCUGAAGACCAUUGA